UUGGCACAUAGUAAAUGUUUAAUGAAUAUUAUUAUUACUAAUAAUAAUAAUGGUACUAUUAUUUACAAUCCAGACAAACAGCAGGUUACAAACAGUUUCACUCAGCCCAUUGGAUCAACCAGAUUAGGAAACAAUUUUACCCUAAAAUUUAAUUUAGUUAAAGAGCCUUAAGACACAGAUACAGCAGAACAUUGUUUUAAAGAGAUAUAUAAUUAAAUUCCAUAAAAAGCAAGUUGCUACACUUUUAUUCAAUUUUUCUACACCAUACAUUUGCCUCAGAUCUUUGAUUAGCCCAUUCCUAUAUACAUGCUAAGCAUGUGGUAGGAAUGUGAAAAGCUUUUCAGAACAAAAUUGUAUCAAAAUACAUAAUGCUAAAGAUUCAUUCUUGGUGUUUUACUUUCAAUGGGCCCGGUCUUUAUAGGGCUGGCAUUUUAUAAAAUGCUGUUGAGUGGGAUGUUUAAUUUCAUGCUGCAUUGGGAUGUUUAAUUUUAUGCAUUCUUUAUGGUUUUAAUUUGGGUUUAUUGUAUUUUCAAAAGUGUGCUUAAGCAACAGACAGUACUAAUUCAUAAUAAAAUCAAAAGAGCAGUUAAGUAAUUAAAUUCACAAUGACACCUAUAAAGAUGGUAGGCUGGGAGUCUGCUGGACAACCAUGGCAAGUAGACCUUUCCUGAGAAUUAGGCCUUCCCUUAGUAGAUAAUGUGUUUCCAGCCCCAAAUGUGCACAAGGCACAUUACUUUUUGAAGGCAAUGCCUUGCAGAAAAUCAUUCUGGCACCCAAAUGGAUACAAGACAAGCCUGAAUUUAGGCAAACGUCUAAUAUUUUUCAAGCUUGUACUUUGCAGAUAGGAUCAGUAUUUUGAAGUCACGUAAUUACACUUUCGUCUAGCUGCAAUCUAGUGUUUUUGAGCUCCCAGUCCUAUCUCGUCACCUUUCAUGCAGUAGGAGAGGCCCACAGUUCCCCAACUAGAGCUUAAUGAAGGUCAGGUCUUCCUUUUGACCCCUCCUCCUCUAUUCCCAAAUCCAGGAACAUUAUUUAUAGUUACAGUCAGCUGUAAUGAACGGGACCGGAAAUAUCCCUUAUGGAGCAGUUUAUCAAAUUCUUACAAUUCCAAUAAAUUGUUGAAAUGUCUAAUUUUUAAAAAAUUAGAGGAGGAGGAGGAGGAGAGGAAGAGAGAAAGGAGAAAAGGGAUGAAAUGAGGUCCUGUUAAAUUUGACAUAACAGGAAAUCGAACGUUAAAUAUUAUUUAAGAAAAUAUAAUCUAUAGUUCAGGGCAUAGAGAAUGUGACCUUCAUUCCUGAAGCAUUGUAUCCCUCUCCAGAACCAGCAGGUGACUUUCAGAUAUAUUUGUCGUACUUGCGGAUGAGAUAAUUAUACUUUGACCGGGUACAUUCUUUUGUGGGCAUAAUUGGUUGGAUUAUCAGUGAUGUUCGUUGAAGUGUAUCAGUGCUGGACCAUUUAAUAUUUACUUUUAAGCUAUUUGUUACAUUGCCAAUUUUAAUACUUAUUCCCAACUCUGAUCAAAAAUUUAGUGGGAGAAGCAAUGGAAACUCUUAGUUAAUCCCUGUGGAUUUAAAUUUUCUAAUCCCUUUUUCCCAUUAAUCCAUUAUUGAGUUAGCUGUAGUUCUUAGAUGUUCUCUCAAAAGGAUUUUAUGUCGACAGUUAAGACAAGUUGGAUAUUAUAGCUGACAUUUGGGGUUUUCUGGUUCUUCCUCAUUUUGUUUGCAUUAAUUUUUAUAUUCUUGUCACUAAUCCAUAAUUUUGUUAUCUGUUAAACUUCCUUUGUCUCUAGUCCAAGAGACUGUUACUGCUGUUACACAUUCAUAAGAACUUUUAUUCUAGCUUUUAUUCCCUUCAAACCUUUGGGAGACUCUUGAAACAGUUCAGCGGCCUUCUACUCACAGGCUGUUGACCCUCUUUGAACAGUGGCCUGUGAUAAAAUGUAACCUGCAGUCUUCAGAACUGGUCUUCUGUCCCAAUGUGGCCAGGGAUGCCGCUGUGCUUCAAGCCAACCUGGAUUGCCUGCCACUCUGCACCAGAAGUUCAAGGUGCUCAAGAAGCAACAGGCUGUAGGGGCUAAAACAUUGCCAAAAAAACAAAAAAACGGUUUGAAUGUCAGCUAACAAAAAAAUCAAUUCCCGGUCAGAUUCACUAAUCAGUUCAUUGUUAAAUUGUGAACAACUAAAGCGUGUUAAUUUGAAGAUUGAUUAUUCAGUGUUUAAAUUCCGAGUACGUAUUCAAAGCCUUGGAAAUUUACGAAUUUAAUGCCAGGUUAAACUUGUUUUGUGGUUAAAAUGGUCCCAGCUGAUAUACAGCAUAUGUGAAGUAAACAUGUUUUUAAAUGCAGCCGGACGAAGGGAAGUAUCUUAAAAUUACAGAAUUUGGAGUGCCCCCAAGCAUUUCCAAAAAAAGUCAGCAUUUCCCUUCAGAUGUUAAUAGCAUAGUCAUACAGGGCCAAUUUAAGGUACUGAUGGCUCUUGGGAUCUUGGACCCUAGCUUUAUUGAGGGAAGAGGGGGUGCUGAUAGCACCAGUGUGUCCUCAAACUGGAAGCGGUGGGUGCAGUAAUACUAGGAAAAUAUCUGCUAGAUUGUCGAAGUUUAAGGUUUUUGUAAAAAAAGUCAUCUGUGUUCUUCAUUUUGUAUUUAUGCAGAAUUUUCUUACACACCAUUUGUGUCUUUCCAUUUUCUAGCCUCUAGAACAGAGUAGUGUUUGAGUUAUGCAGGUAAUAAUGCUGCACCUGUUAAGAGUCAUAGUAUUGCAGAAUAGUCAGGCAGCAAGGGACUUGUUAGUUUAAGGUACAGUAAACUCCAGGAUGACCUGGAGCACUCCAGCAGCUGGGCAAUGGGAAGGUGAGCUGCCCCUACUGAGGUUUCUCCAGGCUGAGUCGGUGGUCUUUGGAGAGUAAAAUGGCCGUUACACCCUUCAGGGUUUCAUUCCCUUUGGCCUUAAUCAAUCGAUAGUAGCUGGUGCCUUCAGGGUCAUUGGUUUAGAUGUCAAAAGUUUUAAUACCAAAUCCCACUUAAAAUAUUCAGAUCGUUUUCAUUUGAAUAAGCUGGAGGAGCUCUACAGCAGAGUCAUAAAAUUUGCAUUUUUUUUAAAGGAUGGAAAGGCCUGCAACAAUUAAAGUAACUAGGUUGUGCAUCCAACUUUUCAUUGCAAAGUAUAUUUUGUAUUGUGAAAUAGUUCACUGAAGGAAUGAAGUAUUUUUCCCCUCUUUUACCUUUCAGUAAUAUCACCUGUGUAGUAACAUAUUUAUCUUAAUCAUCUGUAUCUGGUGUGUGUUUCUGAUAUUGGCACAAAGUAAUUUUCAGAGGACAUGUCUGAAUUAUAAAGUUGACUUUCAUCCACAGUAUUUGCAAUCUAGUAAUUGUCGUUUUAGAAAUUGAUAUUUUAAAAUGUAUCCUCAGUUUUGAAUUCUAAUUUUUACCACUGUUUUCUGUAUUUUGUCACACUUAACUGUACUGCUGUGGAAUGUCUGUAAGGUUUGAAAUCAAAGGAAAUAAAUACUGGAAAUGAUUUCAGAAUCAAAUGUAGUCUUUAAUAAUUUAAUUUGUGGAGAAUUUAUAAGCUCUCAUAUAAAAUGCUCUACUUUCAAGGUGCAAAAGUCAUAUGAUUUUCUACCAAGUGAUAGUGGUAUGACUAGGUUAGCUCACGUGUUCAGUGGAAAACCAAUUAGAGAAUGUUUCCUUAACGGUGCAAUUAGCAGCUUUAUUUUCAACCUAACAGAAGAAGGACUCGUGACUUUUCUUAAAAAUCAACACAGAAGACCUGAACAUCACUAGAGAAAUAUAGCGAAGAUUGUGUCCUAAGGCAAGUGUCUUGAUUGACCCAGAAUACUGCCUGAUUGACAUAUGCCGCCCAGAGGUGCUGAUUCGUAUGCUGAGAAUGUCUGACUGGAGGCUACAGCACAGCCGUGAAGUACGUUGUAUAGAAGUGGUGAGUCCGCUUACUAGCCCAGCUACACAGCUCACACCGAGGCUGUGCUGAUCAUUUUUGCACCCAAGAUGGAGGACUGUGACACCGAUUGGACAGCCUCUUCCAGGGACUAGAUUUAUUGCUUUCAAAGUGCCUUUAAAAGGGGAAGAAUCAGCACUAUGGAAGUAGGAAAAAGAAAUUGACAUGAACAGACCCCUGAACAAAGAUGUGUGUUUGUGUGUCUAUACGCACAUUGUGAAUUUGCAUUAUUGCAGACGUUACACAGACUGUUAUGCAGCGAGCCUUGUUUUGUGAAAACAAAACUCCAUGGCAAGGAAAAUGUCCCCUCGUACCCACGAUGUCCAGGCAAUUAAUCAGAGGCUUACUCCGACCCAGAAAUUUACACCAAAGGAUCUGAUUAGUGCAAUCAAAGCACUAAAUGUGGAGCUUGGAUUAAUUAUUGAUUUAACAUACACCACUCGAUACUAUGAAGUAAAGGAUUUACCCAAGAGCAUACAUUAUAAAAAACUUUACACUGUUGGACUGGAAGUUCCUGACAAUGGUACUAUUCUACAAUUCAAAAAAUGGGUCAGAAAGUUCCUCUGGGAAAAUGCAGAAAAUGAAAAACUCAUUGGAGUUCACUGUACUAAUGGAAUUAACCGAACGGGUUAUCUUAUAUGCAGAUACCUUAUCGAUGUCGAAGGCUGGGAUCCAAACACAGCAAUUCAAGCAUUUGGUGAGGCUCGGGGUCAUCGAAUAGAUGGAUGUGUAUACCUAAAGGAUCUAAAAACUCAACCAAUGAGAAGUAAUCUUGGCAUGGAUGUGUGGGAUUCUGAUGAAGAUGUUCCACCACCAGCUAUGGAAGGAUCCAGGGAUUGGCCUCCGAAUGAAGAUCCACCUGGGGCCAGGAAGAGGUUAAGACUUAAUGAUGAUCAGCAUCGUCAUGAUCAUCAUGAUUUACCGUUAAAAGAUUUUGAUUAUAUCAACAAGGAAACUGGACAACGGUGCAGAACUUAUUACGAAUAUGAGGAAUUGCAAGAAGAAGAGAGGCAUCAAAGCGAUGACUGGGAUUUUGAAAACGAGGAGCCUGGACCAAGAAAUCGACUUUUUACUAAUCAUCGGCAUUAUGAUGAUUUUCAGGAAGAGAUGGAAUUGAAAGACCUGGAUUUCAAUAACAAGGUGACUGGGUCAAGGCCAAGACCGUUUCACGAUCAGCGGACUCACGACGUCUUCCAGGAACAGAUCCCUGGGGAUGAUUUUAAUUUUGUUACCAAAAGCCGGGGGCAGAGGAUGAGACCUGUUCAUGACCAUCAGGCCUAUGGUGACUUCCAAGAGCGACUUCCAGGGAAAGACUGUGAUUUUGUCAACAGCGGCCAGGGACAGAACCGCAGGCCUUUCCACGACCGUCAUUCCCAUGGGGAUUCUCUCGACCAGCUGCCAGGGAAAGAUUUUGAGUUUUUUCAUCGAGGCGAUGGACGAGGCCAAAAACCAUUCCACAAUCCCCAUUCUCACCCCGAAAUGCGGGCAAAGGUGCAUCUGGGUGAUGGAGAUUAUCCUGUUGAGAGACUGGGGCAAAAACCCAGACCAUUUCAUAGUCACCCAUCUGAUGAGCAUUUCCAGGAGAAAAUGCCCCGGAAAGACUUUGAUGUUGUUAACCGCAGCCGGGGACAAAGACCACCACCUUUUCAUGGAUGCCAGUCACACAGAGAGUAUCCAAAACAAAUGCAUUUAAGAGAUUUUGACUUCCGUCAGGGAACAGUGCAGAGGCGAAGGUCUUACCCAGACUGGGAUCGUUCCUCUUACGAAGAGUCUUCACAAGAAUAUAGGCCUUUGGAAGACUUUGAUUUUAUUUACGAAGCACCCAGAUCAAGACAGAGAUCUUUUCAUGACCACUCUCCCCAAGAAGACCUCGCCCCGCAAUGGUAUUUGGAUAGAAAUUCUGGACCUGGAAAUGGCAGUGGCAGAAGUCAUAGGACCAUCUGUCCUGAAGACAGUAGACGAACACGUCCUUCCAGUGAGUUUAAUAGAGGAGGACCAAACCGAUUUGCACCAUAUCCUUCACGAAUGUUUCCCUCCUCGUCCAUAGCUCAAGAAGAUGGUUCCGGAGAUUACAGUAGAGGUGAAAAUACAGGAGCUGUGGACUACAAAAGAUCACCUGUUGUAACAAUCGAUUACAAUUACGAUUGUAGGCCUGAUGAGGAUGACAGAGAGCUUUAUGAUUUACCUUUGCGAGAUCACUGUGACUGGAGCUGAAUAGUUCGGAACACUCCGGUUUAGUCUGUAGUUCUUCCUUUUGGCUAAGGACCAAAAUUUGUUACUAAUAAGAAAGAUUCAGGUUGUCGAAAGAGAUCUUGUGUUAUCGUAAGAUUAACUUCUCAGUAUGUGAGAUUCUUUUAAUUUACUGAAAUUGUAUAUGUAUAUUCGUAAAUACGUCAGAGAUUCUCAAAAUGGAGAAUCACGAAUAGGUUUUUUGAAAAUCGUUUGAUUUAGAGAUUACACUUUAGUUACGUUUUCAUAAGAAACUGCAUUUUUGAGUGCAAAACUUGCAAUAAAAAUAAUCAAAAUUGCCCAUCA